AUGGAGCCCGCGCUGAUGGCGAUGCAGUCGCUGUGCGAGCGCUCGUGGGAGCUGCGGCCGCUGUGCGAGACGCUACUGGGACGGCUCGUGGCCAUCUGCGGCUACACGGACCACUUCCGCCAGCAGAAGCCGGCGCCGACCGACAUGAGCCCCGCCGAGUCCGAGUGGCCGACACAAGUGGACGCAGCGCUCUCGCGCUUCACGCUCCUGCUGGAGAGUCUUGCUGCCACCGAGUGCGCCGUGUUCCGACUGGCCGUGGCCCCCUCCCCUGUCCGUGAACUGCGCUCGCUGCACGUGUGGCUGGACGCGUCGUUCCGCGGCCUGCACGCCGAGCACGUGGAUCCAAACGCGUCCUGGGCGCUGGAGUGGGAAGAGGAGCUCGAGCGCGUGGAGCAGGCGCUGCAACUGGCGGCCAGAGUGCAAGUGGAUGCGGCAGCUGGAAGCUCGGACAACGAGCAGCGCGAGCUGAUCGCAGUGGUCAAGUUCGCCUUCAAGCAGGUGCAGGACGUGACCAGAAGAACCACGAAGAAGAAGAAGUUGGGGCGCAGCUACGCCGGCAGCAACGACGGCGCAGCGGAAAUGCAGAAGGACGAUGGAGCAGAGCUGUUCCCGGAUCACGAGGAGUCUCUGCGCGUGCUGUUCCGCAGGCUCGUGCGCGUCUGUGGCGUCCAGGUGCCUGUGCUGCCGUCGUGGUUCCUUUCUCCCGCCGAGGUGGCGUUAAACCCAGCCACUCGCUUCCGCUCGGGACCCCAAUGCCAGAUCACAAGUGCGUGUUGGAUGCGCAGUCGUGGCCAGCGGAUGGGUGGGGUGCAGCAGCUUCUCAUCAAGCAGCUCGUUGCUGGUGGACAUGGAGCUGACGCGAAGUCCGAGGCAGCCCUCCUCCAAGCGGUUGAGGCCGUGCGGAAAGAAACCGAAUUGCUGCGUGAUGUUGUAUGCCACCCGCACGUACUGCAGCUAGCAGGAGCGUCGACGUUUGGCUCACAGCCGUUCAUGGCGUUUGUGAGCCCAUGGGCCGCUCCUGAGUCCGGAUCAGCUACGGUGACAUCGCUGGAAGACUACCUUAACCUGUCCGUGGAUCAUCGGCGUCAGUUGUUCCGACUGCUUGCGCAGGCUGCUACAGGAUUGCAGAGCUUGCAUGAAGCGUCUCUAAUUCACGGCGAUCUCUGCUGCGCGAAUAUCGUCGUUGGAGAUGAUGGCCAAGCCAGACUCGCGAACCUCCGUUCGUUUUCACUUUCGCGAUACCGAACGGAGACAGAGUCGGAAGCAACUUCAACGUCAGCUUAUCAGGCAGGAUCACUCAGAUGGCAAGCCCCGGAGCUACUGAGAGAACACCCGAAGGCCGACCUCGCGUCAGAUAUUUAUGCAUUUGGAAUGACUCUGCUGGAGGCUCUCUCGGAGGAAUUGCCCUGGGGAUUCAUGGCUGAUGACGAGGUUCGCGAGCGAGUGUUGGCAGGCAAAAUGCCCCCUCCUCCGGUCGGAGUGGAAGAAAAUGUUUGGUCGCUCGUCGAGGCCAUGUGCGAUCCUGAUCAGGCUGCAAGACCCGACGUGAAUACGGUCGUCGAGGAACUGCAGGCGUUAGCUGAAGAGGAGCGUCAGCGUGACGGUGACGACGCGAGUUUUGAGGAUGAUACAGCUCCUGCAUUACCGCUGCAUCGAGUUUCCAGUGCGGACUAUGUGCGAGUUGCUGCUUCUCCUUUCGUGGGCCCAACAAAUAAUGUGCUGAAUGUCCCGGAACUUGUGCGACACCUGAGUAGCCCAACAGCGAAGAAGGUUGUGCAGCCUGCGGCCGUAGGUAUUCCCGUCCAUGAGCUUCCUACUUCGCCACACCGUAUCGAGCCUGAACAGACGACACCGACAGUAGCAGUGGUGGAACUUCGACAGAAGUGGCUGGGCGUGAAGAUCAACUCGAUCGGCAACCGCGUGGUGGUGAGCAAGUUCCUCCGUGCUGAGUCGGGAGCUGCCGGUGAAAUCGAGGCCUCGGGUCGUGUGGAGCGUGGUGAUAUUAUCGUGGCGAUUAAUGGGCAGAGCGUGCGUGGCCUGGACCGGCUUCAGAUUGGUGCCAUCGUCCAGAGCUCGCCGCGGCCUCUGGAAGUGGCUUUCAAGCGUGAGCCGCGACUGCUGACAGACUCGUUCCGUUUCCGCGGACUAGCUAUGGACCCGCGCUGGCGAGACCGAGGCUCUGCAUUGCCACUGCCGGCAUCACUGAGCCACAUACUCGCCGCUAAUGGAGAUGAAGCUGGAGGUAACGCAGAUCCGUUCUCGAUCGAGAUGUGGUUCUCGCUCGCCGAGCAUGGCGACACGUUCCUGGGAGGCAUUCUGCUGGGAGCGCAAGACCUCCCGUUCCAAGAGACGAGUGAUGCCAGCGGAUGGCCCUACGUGCACCACCAACUGCUAUCUAUCGACCCCAUGGGCAACCUGUGGUGCUCCUUCCUCAACCGACCGACGCCAAUUUGCGUGGCACGCGAGCUCUCGCCGAACCACUGGUACCACCUCGUGGUGACGUUCGGCGGAGAUGCCGGAUCGGACAGCGCCAGCUUCACCAGGAGCGAUCAGCCCGCUCAGCUCCUGAGCGUAUACCUGAACGGAGAGCAGCGCGUGACGGACAGCGGCGCUCUGCUCGCCGACUGGGCCAAGCUGCGCCACGUGAACGUCGGAUCCGGGUGCAUCAGUGGACUCGCGCCUGCCAAGCCGGAGCCACACUUCUCCGGCUGGUUUGGCUUCAGCGGCCUGGUGUUCGACAUGCGCGUGUGGCGCCGCAAAGAGCUCUCGGGCGCCCAGGUGCAGCUGCUCUUCCGCGGCAGCAGCGACUUCGUCGACGACCCGAGCUACUCCCUGCGGCGCGACCUGCUCGGCGAGCACGUGGACCAAGUCUCACCCGACGUCCGGAGGAAGCGAUCCAGCUCCGCGCGUGCCGCCAGACUGCAGGGACCUCCUUUCGCCGAGCUCGUGCGCACGACGUGGCCUCGCCAGGUCGGAGCUCACGUCUACAGCUAG